UGUGUGCAUUUUUAUGAGGUAGGGGGGCAGGGAGAAAAUAAAAGGGUUCUGCCAUCACUUCUCAGAGACAGCAGAAACACGAAAGGAAGUAAAAAGCCCACAAGACAUCUAGAAAAAGGCUCUUGGAUUAUAAACUGCCUUCACAAUCAUGUCUUGCACACUUUUGCUUGCCAUUUCAGUGUUGCUGUUUCUGCCAACAUAUGAGGCUGGAAGACAGAUGCCCAAACUCUCUGACAAGAAACUCUGCGCUGAUGCUGAAUGCAGCCAUCCUAUCCUGAUAGCUCGUGCACUACAGGAUUACUACCCUGGAGACUGCAGGUUCAUCCCUAUCAGACAGGGGCAGCUCAUCUAUGUUUAUGCAAUGCUGAAGGACAGAGGGAACCUCUUCUGGGCUGGCAGUGUACAAGACUCUUAUUAUGGACAGCAGGAGGCUCGCGUUGGCCACUUCCCCAGUAGCGUGGUGGAGGAGACUCAUCCCCUCAUGCCAGCCAACACUGAAGUCAAGACUACUAAAUGGGAUUUCACCUGUAACUGAUAAAGGGAACAGCCAUCCUGACAGCAUGCUGGUAUGAUGUUAUCUUACACACCGUAUAAAGUAUAGAUGUGGUGUUUUAUCCUAACUGUUGUUGAUCCUCUACAUGUUAGAAGAUAAAGCUUAACACAGUUGAAAAUCUGCAGUGUAAGCUGAUUUCAUGAUCAUGGUUUAAAAGUUCAGAUGUAUGAACCAUUGCUGCUUGUUGCUUCAAACCCAUAUUAUUCUCUGUUAUAUGUCACCAUUUUGUUUGUACCUGUCCAGCAGGCAUUUAUUGCAUUUCUCAAAUUGUAAAAGAUAACAUGUUUUUUAAAGGACAAAUAUAAAAUGUAGCAUGUCUUUGUUCUGACUCCUGUAAUGUGUUGGACAACAGUUGGCUGUGAUUCUUUAUCUCAAAAGAAAGACCGUGAUCAACAAUCAAUGUCAGCUCAUCCUUUAACUUCUGCAGCAAAGAAAACAUCACCUGUAUGAACAGGUCUGGUGCAGUAUUCUACAAAUAUUCUAAUCUGGUGCUUUUGAAAGAUAAAAUUUAAGCACAAUGUUCAA